CGCUAUUAUGAAAGCGAGAUAUCACCAUCCUUCUACAUCUGCCUUUGUGUCGCCUCACUCUGUUGCACAACCAGCUCAUCACAGUUCAAUCGUCGUGCUCCAACCAUGCGACUCAUCAAUACCAAAACUCGUGCGUUUGAAGAAUUUAUUGGAUGGCAUGUUCAGGCGUAUGCUAUCCUAUCACGUACAUGGGAAAAGGAGGAAGUCACGUACAAAGACUAUGUCGAUGGCCGAUAUUGUAACAUGAAGGACUCUAAGAAAAUUGACAUGACCUGCCAGAAAGCUCUAGCUGAAGAAGGAAAAGAAAUUCUUUACGCAUGGGUUGAUACUUGCUGCAUUGAUCAGAGUAGUAGUGCCGAGCUGACAGAGGCCAUCAAUUCUAUGUUCCGCUGAUAUUAGAGGGCGCGGGUGUGCUAUACGUUUCUCUCCGAUGUGGAGCCAGGUUCACUCGGGGAUGGACGUUGCGAGAACUCAUCGUCCUCUGGCAUACACGGUUUUUCGAUGCGGGUUGGAACGAUAGAGGCAGUAGUUACACUCUCUACUGGGUACUCUACUCAAUCACAGGGAA